AACCUUAACCUACAGUGUUGUGUGAAAAGUGUGAUAUUACAUAAUGUAAUCAUAUUGUGUAAACAAUAUUUUUAAAUGUAUUUACUGUUAAUAUUAUUAUUUUUCAUUUUAAUGUUGGUUAUCACAAAGAUAAUUCCCGUCAAUAUGGCGGGGCAAAAUCCAGGAUCGCCCACUGACUUUCAAUAUUUUUACGAGGAUGAAGUGUAUAAAAUCAACAACCGCGGCCAAGUCGUCUUCGGCCUGGUUUUGGAGAAUUUUGAAGCCAACUCAAGUGAUCAAGAGAGCGACAUGGAAACAGCGAUACAAAAAGGAGAAAUUCGCGUUGUCUGGCAUCCUUCUGGUACCGAGCGAGUGAUAUCGGAGAAGUCUGUAGGUUUAGCAGACCGUUCCCUGAUGCCCGGAGAUGUGGUGCGUCGCUUGAUAGCUGGGAAGGAUACCCAGCGAGGUUACUGCAGGGAUAUAAUCAUGACUGCAGCUCUACAGAUUGUUGGGACUAAACAUGUCAUCCCCAACGUAGCCAGUGAAAGAUUACAGCCAUUAGAGGAGUUUACACCUGAUCUUGCUGUAUGCCUUGAAUCUUGGGUUGGAACUUCUAAGGCUGUUCACAGUAAACUCCGUCUAGUAUCAGCUGACGGCUCUCGCCUGGAAUACCCAGAUCUGGAUACUUGUCCCCUCGAGGAUUAUUCCAUGCGUCGUCGCCGCGCCACCCCCUACUCCUCAUCAGAGUUCUACCCCGGGCAGGUUGUGUAUGGACCUCUGAGCACCUUGGAUAAUGCCAACUGGUUGCAUAUGACCAAAGAGAUGAAGGCUGCACGGAAACAUAAGACGCACGACCAUAAGUUCACGGUGGAGGCAGUGGUGACAGAGAGUGUGAGUGUGCACUGGCAGUGCCGCGCAUUGUGCACUCACCCUGUAGAGACGGACGCCCCGCAGCAACCCAAGAUACUAGUCGAAGGUGAUGAUCUGAAGAACUUGAAACUGCUGAACGUGUUUGAGCCGUGUACACUGCAGGUCGGUGACAGGAACUUCCUCACCAUCGGCUCUGAGGACACCUUCAUCAGCAAGAAACAGUGGAGGAAACAACAGAGCAAAUACUACAAGAAUCUCCGCAAACAGGCGCGCCCUAUCAAGAAAUCUUCAAAGACUGAUACUUCAGACCAAAUACCCUCGCGGCCCAAGAAGCGCGCGUCGUCACACAGGAAAGUUAAGGCUUCUGAAGCGAGUAAUGAGAUGGACGUGGACGGGCGCGAGUACAAGCUGGAGUCGCUGGACGACGCGCUCCGGGAAGUGGCCAACUGCCCCAGCAUCAAGAUCGAGCCCACCGGGGACGGAGCCCUGCCUGUCGUGAGCAACAGCCAGGACGAUACUGUCACAGAGGAGAAGAACGACUCUGGCAUCAGUGGGCUAAGUAAAUCCCACACCCGCAGCCCGGAGCCGGCGCGCGAGGAGGGCGCCCUCAACGGCGAGCGGCCGGAGCCCAACGACGACGACUCCGACAACUGGGAGAACACCAGCAGCGACGGCAGCGACACCGACAGCGGUGCGACCUGGUCUUCCCGUUGCUCCUCCGCGGCCUCGGGGUCCGGUAGAGGGGCGAGGUCGCCCCAGCUGGCUGUGAGGCUACUCCGGGGCAAACGGUUAAAGCGCGCCGCCAGGAGAGCCCCGCCCGCGCCUCCCCCGCGCCGCAGCGACCGCGUCGUGGUGGAGACACUGCACACAACCAGCCGAGCCAAUGUUGUAUGGCAGGAUGGAACAAUAGAAAUGGGUAUACCGUCAACUCAGCUGUACCCAAUACACCAUUUGGAUGGACAAGAAUGUUUCCCCGGAGAUUUCGUCAUCAACGGUGCUGCUAACGUAGAAGAAAACCAACAAUUGAAACACCGGGAGUAUGGAGUGGUCCAGCGAGUGGACCAUCACGGGCGCACCGCCAUCGUCAACUGGUACCGCACCUACACCAGCACUGAUGAACCUGUGCCUCAACUGUUGUACGAAAGUGAAAUGAGCGUGUACGACCUAAAGGACCACCCCGACUUCCAGUACCGGCCCGGCACCGUCGUCAUCAGGGUAGCCAACUUCACCGGCGAGGAUGCUAACUGUACUGCUGGACAGGUCAUAGACAAUUUCCCAACCGGUCGUGUGAAAGUGUGGUGGGUUGAUGGACACACGAGUAUGUGCUGGCCUCAGGAUCUUUACAAGGUUGGGGAGUACGACUCUGAGGACGGCGAGCUGUGGGGCUCUGAGGGUUCAGGGUCGGAGGACUCCUGGGAGACGCAGAGCUCCGUGCCCGAGCCGCGCACGCCCGACGUGCCGGCGUCCGCGCGCUCGAGUGAAGAACAGCCGCCGAUGCCGGUGUUCGCGAGCAGUCCCAGCGAGGAGACGGCGCUGGUGGUGGCGGAGGGCGCGCUGCCGCGGCUGCUGGAGCCGCGCGUGGCGGCGCACAUCGAGCGCGGCCGCGUGGCCAUGCGCCGCCUCGAGGAGAUCUUCGCCAAGCACCCCACGCUGCAGAGCCAAGAGAUAAUGCGGAAAUUGCUAAAUCUUUACAAAGACUGUCGAUUUUUGGACCGUCUCAUGGGUACCACCUUCUUUCACGAGGAUCACUUUUUGGGUCUAUUAGAGCGCGUGCGCGAACGCGGCGCGAGCACGCCGCGCGCGGGCGAGCGGCGCGUUCACGAACAGCUGGCGCGACUAUUCGCGCCCGCAGAAGAAGAGCCGCCGACAGAACCGCCGCUGGAGGAGGUGCUCGACACCAUCAUGGUGGACGAGAAGCCGGUCAAGCCCAUCAUAGCCGCCAAUGUCACCGUGGAACCCAUGGACGUAGAAGGCGAAUCACCAAAGAAAUCUCUGUUUUUAAACAUCGAACCUGCACAAUCGUCCAGUUCGGAAAAUAAUUUUGCUCAAGAAAACGCUACAGGGGAGAAUGCAGGCGCGGACGCGGACGGCGAAGGCAGCGCGCGCAACGUUUGCUACAAGCUGUGCUCUCUGAUACACCGCCAGUUGGUGAAGGCGCAUGCUGAAGUUAGCCGGAGAAGGCCGCAAGAGUUGGCCGAAUUCCUUAACAGAUUAAUGAGAAAGCAAAUCGCGACCGAAGAGAACUUACCCUACCACUUUUCAAUUCAAUAUGGUGCACUUGUGGUGAGUAUAGCAAGUCAAGAAGGCGAAGGGGUUGAAGGAAAAACAAGCAAUACGGACCCUAAAGACGCCAACACACUCCCUGCCACAAAAACUGAGGGAAAAGCCCCAUCUCCGUCCCCGGCGUCCGGUGAAACAGCCCCACUAGCGACGGCAGAGGGCGACAUCGACCCCGAGACGUCGCAGGAGAAGCCAAACGACGGCGAAGGGUUCAACAUACUGGAGUCGGCGCCCGCCACUCACCGGUUCCGUCUCUCUAUGCUGCAACCCUCCGAGCCGAGGAGUUUCUACUCGGCCGUCAAACGAGAGAUCAAGCUGUUGAAGAGCGACCUGCCUCCUGGGGUUUGGGUGCGUGGCUAUGAAGACCGCAUCGACCUGAUAUCGGUGAUGAUAGCGGGCCCGGCGCGCACGCCGUACGAGGGCGGCCUGUUCGUGUUCGACGUGCAGCUGGGCGGGGAGUACCCGCGCGCGCCGCCGCUGUGCCACUACCACUCCUACUGCUCCGACAGGCUCAACCCCAACCUGUACGAGGACGGCAAGGUUUGCGUGUCUCUGUUGGGUACGUGGUCCGGGCGCGGCGUGGAGGUGUGGGGCAAGGACUCGUCGCUGCUGCAGGUCAUCGUGUCGCUGCAGGGGCUCAUACUGAACGCGGAGCCCUACUUCAACGAGGCGGGCUACGAGAAACAGAAGGGCACGCAGCAGGGGACGGAGAACUCGCGCAUGUACAACGAGAUGGUGCUCCUCAAGCUGGUGCAGUCCAUGACCAAGAUGACCACCAACCCGCCGGAGCCGUUCCGCGAGGAGAUCCUCCAGCACCUGAGGAACUCCUCCGCCGACCUCUGCCGGCGGCUCGAGGGGCUCGUGGCGUUGUCCAACGGCGAGCCCACCGACGUCGCACCGCCCGACUACCCGCUCAUACCCGCCUCCAGGGGCUUCUGUCUCACUCUGCGCUCGUCGCUCGAGUCGUACCGCAACGCUUUGCGACGUAACGACAUCAACGCGCCCCCCUCCACUUUAUAGCCCAGCGUGAAGCACUAGAUAGCUUUAGUAAUUAAUACUUAUUAUUGUACCCUUUGUGGGGUUGCCAAAACUUCUGCGUGCACCGAUGUUGAAAUUAAAUUAAAUUCAGUGGUGUAACUGUACGCAUGACGAAUUCAUUGGUUGGGCUCCAGAAAAAAAUAAUAGUUUUUUUUUUAAUUUUAAAUUUCUCUCGAGCUCCGGGCUGAGCCUUUUUGAGCCAUUUUGCCAGCCUAUAGUUACGCUACUGAAAUCUAUUAUUUAUUUAAAAAUAACCAGUGAGGUAAACACAUACAUACACGUCUGUCUCACUCAAGACAUAAAACUAUAAUGUGAUACGAAUUAUGUUUCUUAUUUUAUUAACCUUUCAUAGAAGUAUGAUGAAAACAGAAAACAAUAUUUUUCUUAACAAUCGCCAUUGCCUAUCCCAGUCACAAUAUAAACGUAACUUCGUGAAAAAUUCCGUUAUAUUAUAAUAAUAAUAAUUAAAAAUAUAAUAAAACCCGACUGCAUAAAGUAUAAAAACUGAAAAGAUUUUUUUUUUCUAACUGUGGGUUUUUUUAUAGAGCCAUAAUAUACCAUUUGAAAUACUCAUGAUAAUGAUGAGCCCUUGAAUUUGAUUUGUAAUAUUGCAAUAAGUCUCAAGUCUCAUAGUUGUAGUGUUGGUUUUUCUUUACUUGACCUAUCUAAGAACGCUUGGGUCAUUAAGACGAAUCUAACGAUAUCUUAAUUUUGUAAAUUCAGCGGUUUGGGAGAUAUGAGGUAAUAAAAAUUAUUACAUACAUACAUACAUACAAGAAAGAUGAGCGCGAAAAACAUGACCCUUCUUGCAGUCGGGUAAAAAAUACAAUUAAGUAAGUCUCGUGAAUAAGUGCUAUUUAGUGGUGUAACCGAGAUUGGUUGAUGAUAAAUAUAAAAUAAUCAAGGCGUCCAUCAGUUUUUCAAUCAGAAAUUUCGUAAUAAAUUCCAAAUAAACAGUAUAAUAAUAUGACGUAAGAUUGAUAAACAUGCACUAAUAAUUAUAUUAAAAUAGUAAAUUGUAUUCGACAUGCAAUUUCAAGUUGUGUUCUGCCAUGUUGAAUUAGUCAUGACGUCAUAUAUUACACGGGACAUAUCACAAAUGAAAACAAUUACGAUACAUCAACUAUGCAUUAUUUGAUAGUAAAAAAACAAAGUAAAAUGGAUUUCGUGAUAAUAGUUCGGAAUAUAAAUUAUAAAAAAACAUAAUUAGAGUCCUUUUCAUGAAAUAAGUCCCGAUGCCUAAAACCUGAACUAAAAUUGACAGCGCCUUAUACAAAUGACAAUAUGACCGCCAUUACUAAAUGACAAUGAGUGCCAUUAAGACAUUAGCGCCACGUCUGAGGGACUUGUUUCAUGAAAAGGACUAUAGUUUAAAAUGAGUUUAGUUCACUAUGUAUGUCUAAAUAUUUGUUGUGUAAUUGAAUUUGGCAACCCCAUGUUAUUGUUAAGCGCGGCCAUGCGUUAUCCGCAAAUAGUCAAAGAGCUGGUUAUAGUUAUUCCCGAAUGAUUUCAUCAUUGGAUUUGUUACCAUUUUUAGGCAAGCACAUAAAUCUCAAAGAUUACUUUUCCACAUUAAUUAAUGUAAAGUAAAUUAUUUAUUUUAACUCAAUAAAUUAAUGUUGUUUUUUUUCUUUUUGUAUGUGUAAAAGAUUUAAUGAACAAAUUACAUAUAUCAUGAAUGUUUUUUUUUUAAUUAAAUGCAUGUCUACUUCCGACAGCUGUGUUAAUUUUAACAGUUUAUUAAUAAAAUUAUGUGAAAGAGAAUAAAUUAUUUUAUUGAAAGUAGACACAGUAACAAUUAACAAUGGAGUCCGAACACAGCCUUGAUACUAGUAAACAUGUUUUAAAUUGCAAAUACUAAGUCGAUGAUGAAAUCUCUUACCUAAUUUGUCCGCCAGUUCUUUGUCUAUACCCAUAGUCACGACCAGCUAUUUUCGUUCCACACGCGUUAUGGCGUAACAAACGAACGUAAAAAAAAAAUCAUUUUGUAGUUAUAGUAUUUAUUGUGAUGUACUAUUCGACUAUAGGAAUAUUUUAGAUGUUCGAAAAACAAGCGAUAGGUGUCGUUAUUGUUAUAUAAAUGUUGUAUUUUUUUUUUGUCACGCGAAUGAAUAUCAUGUAUAAUUGGUUCGUUUAGAAAUGAUCUGAUGAAUAAUAAAUCGUAAUAUUUAUUUUGCAAUCAUUCAACAAAUUCAGUGAAAAAAAUCGGUUGUCUGUAAAGUCGGUUUACUGACGAUAGUUGAACGUGACAACGUCAUGAGAAAAUACUGAUGGAACGGUUGCAUUUUUCAAAAGAAAAUGUUCGUUUUCUAAAAUACUGUUUAAUAAUCUUCAAAUGUUGGCAACCCUAGAGCGAGGGAACGACGCAUGACGUCAUCUUUUUUCGAGUGUGCAGCCGGCUCAAUCGAAUUUUAUGACGUUGUCACGUCAAAAGUUACAAAACUCUUUUAAAAAGUCACAAAUACCUUUUAUUAUAAAACAAUUUGGUUUAACCAAUAUUAUGUUGUGUAAGAACCAAUAUGAAUUAAUUGGUAUUAUUUUUUUUGUCAAUCAAAUUAAUUGGUACAUGAAAAUUUGUUAAUUUCCAUUUUACCUAAUAAUGGGUCAUUUCUAUACGAACAGUAAGAGCUCUUUCAGACAGACCACAUUUCGUUUGUAACUUGUGAUAUUGUGCUUCACAAGAAGUCUCCUUUAUGGCAUAUCUACCUACACUUGUGUGUCGACACACGUUUCUAACAAUUACCAGCGCUCUCACAAUGCGCGCUGCUAUAACAAGCUUAUGAUGUAGUACCCCGAAAAAAUAAUUUGGUUUGCUCAAGGAAUAUUCCGUUUUUUAGUCGCAAUAUUUUUGAAAGGUGCUGGAAUGGCGACAUAUAAUUAAGUCACAGAUAUGCCUAAAGGGAAUUCAUUUGUGAAAUCAAUGUUUCGAAUAGUAAUAUUAUGAAGUAUUGCAUGAAAAUUUUGAUAUUUGUUGUUCACAUUGCUAGCAAAUAACUAUAUUCCCCUCAAUUAUUAAAUAAAUAAAUAAAUUUAUUUAUUAAUACAAUAAUUGUAAUAAUCAAUCGGAAUGUGCGAUCUUAUUGUAAUUAUUAUGAUUAGAAUUAAUUGAUAGAUACGAUUAUUGCUAUUAUUUAUUUUGUUAAUAAAAUAAUGUCUAUAUUUUUUUUUUCAUUGGACGUGUUGUUUUUUUUAAGUAACGUGUACUUAUUUGGUAUAAGCGCCGAUACACAUGACAGCUGAAAGAUACUGGAAAAAAACUUAUUUCUGUAUAAAAAUUUACUGGAAUAAUAAAGCAUUAUUAUAUAUUUUUCGAGUUGAUCCCAGUAUGGAAGCGACUUUUCUGUAAGCACAUUGUUGUCAUUGUUGUAACAAAAGGUUAUGAAAAUCACAAUAUUGCAUUUGUGCCCAAAUUGUUUUUUAAGUGUACUAGUGUCCCGAAAAAAUGUUGUUACAAUGUUUGAUGAUAUUCCAAAUACCUGAUUUAUUUUUCGGGACGAUAUUAGUUCUAAUUACAGGACUUUUUUUUGGACGCAUAAUGCUUAGAUGCAAAGUACUUUAGUUACGGGAUGGCAUUUUUAUCGUGCAGAAUUGGAAAAGACGAGUUUUUUAUUGAGUCAAGUCACGCCAAACGUCUAGUGCGAUUUCUUCAAUGUACCUAUAUAGAGAGCUCUAUGUAUAAUAAAAUAUUCAUAAACUAACAUCAUGCUUAGAAAUGGCGUCCAACCAGACCUGGACUAAUUAAGAAAACCUCAAUCGGCCCAGCCGGGGAUCGAACCCAGGACCUCCGUCUUGUAAAUCCACCGCGCAUACCACUGCGCCACGGAAGCCGUCAAAUACAUAAUACAACGUUAAGACAUAAUUUGUGUAGGUUCAUAACCGCGAGGUGAUGAUGAUAAUAUUUUUUAUAUCGCAUCCGGCUCGAAGGACCAUUUAGUAAUUUCUCCAUCACACCAAGCUCUGUUGUUAAAAAAACGUCUUACAGCAGAAUGAUAGUGUUCAAUUUGUUAUUCUAUUCAUUGAGUUGAUGUUUCCUGUCAUUGCAAAUGUCCCGUUUCUGUUUUGCAACUUUAAGGCCGGCCGCACACACUAAAUGUCCAUAAUUAUUUACUUUAUGAGCGAAAACGAGUGUAUGCGGCCGGCCUAAUAGUCUAAUCUCGAUUAAAUAUGUUUACUGAAGUACUAGAUAUUUGACGUGGCUUGGUUUUUUUGUAUAAUAAAGUAUAUGGUACUAUAUGAAACAAUUUUUAUGAAUUUUAAGUUUAUCAAUAAUGAAAAUUAUGAAUGAAUGCUAUGUUAUAAUAUGUAUGAAGAUUGUUGUGUGUGUUUGUCGAUUGCACGCUUGUCUAAUAAUAUAUAUUUUUUGUAAUAUUUUUGUUAAUUCGAUUUUAACAGUGAAAAAAAAUGUUAAUUUAUAUUUUAUUCAUUAUGAUUUAAUAAUGUAAUUUGCUGUAUUAUUGAAUGGUAUAAAAUAAUUAUAGCCACCGUUUUAGAACAAAACGUGUAAAAUAGGUUGAUAAUAAUAAAAAAUAUGAUCGUUCCUCUUUCUGUUACCGAUUUCAGUAUGAUAUUAUAUCUAUGUUGAUUUUAUUAAAAAAAAACAAAGAUUUCCGUUUAUAUCGUAAUUGUAAAGCAGACACACUUUUAUGUGACCGAUCAAUUUAGAUCAUGCUGUCAGUACAUCUGCCAGUGGUGUGCAUAAGGUUUUUAACUAGGGUGUGCACUGUAAGUAGGAAUUGGAAAAUUCCUUGUCCAACUAUGUAUUCUGUGGCCCAACAUAGGUUUAUAUUGAGUCUUUGGGCUAGGCAGUGCAAUUUUGCGUCUAUGAAGUGCACGCUACUGACAUCUGUGAUUAUUCAAUUAGUUAAUAAUGUCCACUAAUUUUUGAAAAAAAAACAUUUGAUUCUUUUAAUCGUGAGUUGAUUUCUACUAUGUUUAAUUUAAAUGUAAUAAAAUCAGCUCGUAUAAAAGACAAAACUGCGAAACUUUAGUGAUUUAAGAAAUUGUAUGCUAUUUUUUUUUUACUGCUGCUGUAUUUUUUUUUACCAAUAUGUCGUAAAACAAGACAAUUAAAAGAAAAGAUCAAAUUGCGUGUAUGGUUUAAAAGCACAUGCGGUUACUUUACUGGCAUUACAGAACAUUGUAAAAAAAAUCUUAUCAUGAAUCAUAUUGUAUGUAAUAGAGGCAGUUUACAAGACUUUGUCUAUGGGCAUUGUGGCUUCUAUUAGCUUCAGCCGCGGUCAGUGGCAUGCAUUGCAUAUUUGUACUAGUAGUCUGGAAAGUUCGUUGAUAACACUCUCAUGAUAUACGGGCGACGGGGGGAAAGACUGCGCGUGUAUGGAAUCGUGCGUGCGGGGAAGUGACGUUAAUCAGUCUUAGGUUUUUCAUUCAUCGCUACACGCCCCCCGGCCCGCGCGGAGCAUCAGGAGUGUUACGAACGAAGUUGCCAAGCUAUAGUAGUUGCCAGCAAGGCGUACUGCAUACCUACCGAUAAAACGUUCCGCGUAAAAAUCUGUCAGGCGAAAAAAAAUUAUCGGCAUGGAUUAGGAUUAAAACCUUAAAUUUCUUCAAAGUACAUUGACCUUUAAGCAGUUGUGAUUAGGUUUACUUUACGUUGAAGAAAACUUACGUUUUAAACUCAAACCAUAUUUAUGAUUAAGGGUAAGGGUUUAAACUGUACCUAUCCAAGUUAUAAGCUAUUAUUUAGACUGCAGCGUCACUUAACAUCUUGUGAAAAUAAUUACCAUGUGGCUCAUGGUGCUAUAUCCAAUACUUUUGAAUAUUACCUAGGUAACUUUGAUGCAUUGCGAAUUGCGAUAAUCGGAGAGGCAUUUGUGUAACUCGGUUAAAUCAGUUUGACAGCUUCAUUUAAUUGAAAAUAUGUUCUUAGGGAAACUGUCCGUUUGACAAAGCCUUUAGUAAUUAAAAAAAAAAUAAUAAUUUGUUGCCAAACCGAACUGAUCCGUUACGCAUCGCCCAAUUUGAACUACAUCUAUGUCCACCUAUCAGUAACUAAAAAUACCUAACUUCUUUAAAAGAAUACAAGUAUGGAAUUGUAAAUUUUUAGGAUGUUUUCUUUACAAAAAAAUUGGUCACAUAGUUUCUCAAUUUUUAACUUUUUAAUUGAUCACUAGCAAGCAAGUACGAAUGCUAGAAACUAGCUAAAGCCGUGCAUAAAGUGUCGUAACGCAAUGCGAAGAUGUUAAAAUAGGAACGUUUCUUUGAACUCAUUAGUGCUUAUAGGAUUACCUUCGGCGAGUGGAGCGCGAGGCGCCGCGCCGCGUCGGCUUGCACAAAUACGAUGUAACUUCAUGCCAAAGUCAAUUGAGCUAUGAAAGGCUUCUCGGUCGCUUGUGUACGAGAUAAGUGACAACUAUAUUAUGUAAUAAUAAUAAAAUAAAUAAUUCUUCAACCUC